AUGGAGGAGCACGGGCAGGGUUUAGCUGCCCCCUGUCCUGCCUUGGCUCUGAAGGUCACCCAGCACCAAAACACUAACCCAGUGUCCUUGUCCCCCCCAGGAACCAGGAUCAUUUACGACCGCAAGUUUCUCAUGGAAUGCCGCAACUCUCCGGUUGCCAAAACCCCUCCCUCCGACCUCCCGGACAUUCCAGGUGUCACCAGCCCACAUGUGGAGGAGCUGAAGAUUGAGAACAACCAUGUCCCAAACUGUGAUGAGAAAGUGAGCACAGCUGAGGAGGAGCAGUUUGACAUGGACAUCUAA